GGAAAAUAAGUAGUUUCCCUGGGUGGUCCCCCCCUUGCCAUUCCGGUGUUUUGUUUCUGUCUUUGACUUCAUCCUCCUGACCGCUUGCGGUUUUCAAGAAACAUCAAAUUGCAAAUUAAUUGUUCGCUUGUUUUUCAGAAUCAUCCACGGCAGAAAAAAAUGCUGACCAGGCUCACCUCUACUGGUGGUCGACGACGAGAAGGACAAGCAGGUAUUAUUGACAAGACGUGCCCGCCGGGUGCCCCACUAUCACGGCAAGACGUCAACAUGGCUUCAAAGAAGCACCUUCCUUGGAAGGGUCCUUUUCAUCGCAAGUGCCUGUUCAACAACAGUUUUUGUUUCGGCCCACACACUGCAGCCCAUCACGCUCUUCAAAAAGCGGCGUACGGUGCGCCGGCUCCCGAGAAGCACGUUGGGCAACAACGUUGAGUUUCCACGACGCACUCGGGACGGUAAAAAUACAGGCGGGAAAGAUAAUGACGAAGGAGAGGCUCCGGUCUUCGUGAGCAGAUCUUCUUCCUCUACUGCAGUAGGGGACAAUGUUGUCGAGGAUGAUCUGGAUGAACCGCCGACGAGGACCUCCGUUGAGCUACAACUACAAGAGUCCUCGCAGGACGAGAGGAAGCUGCAGCAGCAAGCGGACGCUGGUCAGCUCCUUGAGAAUCAGACGGUGUUCUUUAUUAUGACAAAGCACCAGCACCAGGUGGACAAGAAGCGGUGGAUCAAACUACAGGUGGCGCGGAUGCGGCUAGCAAAAACGCAAAAGCAUACCACGCACACAAUCGAAAUAAGGCCUCCACUCUCAUUUCUGGAGGCUCUUCCACACCUGCUAAUGGGAAACAAGAAACUUCUCCGGCUGCAUCACAAGCUCGUGGAUCAGCUUCCUCUUUGUCCUCGGUUCUACAGGAAGAUGACGACGAGGUCGUGUAUCAGAACAGCAACACAACCUCUUUUGCGGAGCAAGGUGCAACUUCGGCGAGAAGCACAACUGGAGUUGUUGAACAAGAACGUCGCGGGUACAUGGGAGAAAGACGCAGGCGUGGGCAUAGGCUAUCAAUUGCAAAUAUGUCUGGGUCUGGAAGGAUGCAAGGUCUGUCAUGCACAUUUUGCAUGACUCGUGAACCUGAUGUCCUCUGUGAUGCAUGCCCUAGCAUCGCAGAUUUUGUAAGUGCUUCCUGAUGCCUAUACCGCAUUAGAAUGAAACUAUGCCUUCUCGCCGUGGCAAAAACUGGACUUCUUUUGCUGUUUAUGCAAUACAGAUCUUUGUAGAAUCCAAAUGCAGCAUCACAAUGUGCAUCCUUCCAGACCCAGACAUAUUUGCAAUGCAUAGCGGCCAGGAAUGAACGAAUGGAUUACGAUCAAUGGGGUCGAUUGCCUGUUUCAACACGGACCGGGACGGGUCGCCGAAAAGACGUGCGUGUAUGCAAGAAAAAAAAUGUGUAACUGUAAGUCUGUGAUGCAGGAAGUGCUAAACUGUUUACACUUGUCAUGCUAGAGGUGCGUCAUAGGCCACUUUCAUAAGGUGUUUCCACGUACUAGCUGCGCAUGACAGGUUUCCCUGUAAUUCAAAACGAAUUUGUGAUGCUGAUCUUCCUACAAAGUUACACUUACACAGUUUUUUUCCUGGAUAGCGUGAGCAAUCCCUUUAUUACGCUGAGAGACAAGCAUAGACGUCCGCUCAUGUCCGUGCGGGAUCACGAAGCGUAUUUUUUGUGGAAGUCGGACUUCGGGAUGGACAAAAACGCAAAGGAUCUUGCUGUCACCUAUUCGUGCGGUAUAUGCAUUGCAAAAAUAUCGUACUAGUACUAGUAGUAAUUGUUGCAUGCAAGCAUUACAACAAACGAAAUUUGUACUUUAGGAAGGAGAUUUGUCAUAGCAGCAAUUACUACGAGUGCGAUGCUUUUGCAGACCAUACGGUGACGAUAUUGGGGAAGUACGAGCACACAACUUCUUUGGCGGGUCUUAUGCGGAUGUAUUUGAAGUUAGCAUUAGCAAGCAGAAAGGCGGGCAUCAUGGCAUUUUCCCGAUUCCCUGGGGCGGAGCGGUUCAGUUUCGGGCGCACACCUGCGUCACCACUACCACUACCACGACAACGACGACGACAACGACGACGACGACAACGACGACUUCCACUUCUACCACGACCACGACUGCGGCAAUCGCAAUUUCAAGACCCAGAAUUAAAGUUGCUCCCGCGGAACAAAAAUCGUCGAAAACGGCCGUGCGGAAUAAAAAACCCUCGAGCAAAACCACGCCGGCACCCACACCAGCACCACCGGCCGCAAAGGAAGAUACAUUUAGUACGCCGGUGCCGACUGGUGCAGAAGAAGAUACCCGCACGUCGGCCAAUCGUGAAGAUGAACAGCUCCUAGGAGCCUCUACUUCGACUCAAAUUCACGCGCGCAACGCGAACGAAGCUCAGGCCUUGGGCGGAGCGGCGAGUGUGUCGCAUACUUCGCCCGUUGACUUGAAGGUCCUCUCGGCUCCGUCAGGCUCGCCUAUCGACCCCGCGAAACAAGUAUCCUGUGCAAAAGUAUCGUACUCGUAGUAAUUGCAAUCAUGCAUUGCAAAUUUUUUUCUCAAGGUACUUAAAUCCGCAUGACAAAUUUCUUUUCUCAUGCUGAGCGAAUUUGUCAUGCAUUUAUACGAGUACGAUACUUUUGCAAUGCAUCACAAGCGCAACAGCGGUGCGAGAAAGCGCAAGUGAUGUUCCGGGACAAGGGCUGCUGCGACUGCGGGACAUCGCCCUUGGUAUGAACUGCAAAUUACAUCGAUGUGGGUCUGAAACUGAAACGAUAUCAUGCGCAUGUUUCUUUUCAAUUGCACGCAGAGUUUAGAAUGCACACUUGAUUUCUGCGUGUAUUCUCUAAAAUGCGCAUCACACCUUUCCAGUUUCCAGGCCCAGAUUGAGAUUUGCAAUGCAUAGUUGGAAGCGGAGUGCAACGACUUGGUCAAGUACGCGGGAAGCAGUCCAGAUUUCGCGGGGUUGCAAUGUGACAUUCGAGAGAGUUGCGCGCUCAGUAGUAUGUGUUAGGUUCUUCUUUUUCGUAUCAUUUACAUUUACAUUUAUUUUGAGAACGUAGUACGCCACAUUAUAGUGGCGUAUGGUUUUUCUUUUUUUUGUUUUUCGUAUGAACGACGAAUUAUGCGUUCAGAAUCUGAAAGCAUACAACUAUGUAUAGGUGACUGACAUUCGAAAUGUUCUGUUGGGAUAAAAUUUAUUUUUCGAUCGCGUUUAGGAACAGGUUUUCUUUUUUCGAGCGUAACUGACACACUGCUGGAGAGGGUUCCUGUGUACCAGUGUACUGUUUUCUCAUUGCGCCGGUACAAUUUCAAAACCGCACUGCAGUCUAGAAAAAGCAUGCAAAUUUGUGGUCACAAGCACAGCUAAGUAAUGCAAUCAAAAAGUAGUGCUACAGCUACUUUUUUGGAACAGGAUUCUCAGAGUGAAAAAUUUUUGUGCUUGUAGUUCGUCCGUCGGUUCUAUAUGCUGGCGAACUACAAACAGACGGGCCGGCCGGCCCAGGGAAUUUUUUUUGUUGCUGUCGUUCAUCUAUGUGUCGUACGAAUCUACAGAAUGAUGCAGAUGAAAAUCGUCGCG